AUGUCACUUUUAUCAACAUUUACAUCUCUUGUCAGAUUAACUCCAUUAUUACAAAACACAAGACAGUUCGCGGUCAAAGCGACUAAACAAGAACGGAAAAAGAUCAUUUUAAGAGAUGAAGAUUUGAUUGAGACAUUUGUAAAAGGUUCUGGUCCUGGUGGCCAAUGUAUAAAUAAACGAUCGACUUGUGUAGACUUGCGUCAUAUUCCUACUGGUAUCCGAGUUCAGUGUCAACAAUCACGGUCACUUGCUGAUAAUCGAGGUAUAGCUCGAAAGCUACUACGUGAAAAAUUGGACGAAUUGGAGAACGGUCCACUGAGCAAGGUGGCUCAAAAGGCGGCAAAGAUAGCAAAACAAAAAGCGCGCAGAGCAAAACGUGCUAAAGCCAAGUAUGGCACUAAGCCUGAUAGUGAUCAAGAUCCAGCAGCUGAUCUAUCUUCAUCAUCCGCCAUUUAA